UGUAUUCUGAGCAGGGCGUCACUCAGUGGGAGGGACCUCCCACUCUGCAUUGUACAUAGUCAUCUGUCUGAGUGCAGAGACGCUGAGCCACUGCCCUGCAGCACUCUCCCUUUUUCUCAGCUCUAUCUGACUGACUUUAUCUGCAAAGAUGAUGAAAGGAAUGAUCAUCAAGAAUAUGUCCUUCAAAGUCGGACAAACGUUGACUAUUGUUGGAGUAGCUAAACCUGAUUCUACAAAUUUCGCCGUGAAUAUCGGUCCUGAUGAGCAGGACGUCACCAUGCAUAUAAAUGCUCGUUUUAACGCCCAUGGAGACGAGAAUGCUGUUGUCUGCAACUCUUAUGAAGGAGGCAACUGGUGUGAGGAGGUUCGGGAUGGAGGCUUUCCUUUCCAGCAGGGAGAGGAGUUUAAGAUCAUCAUUGAAUUCACCUCAGCUGGGUUUGUUGUGACCUUAUCAGAUGGCUCAACGAUCAACUUCCCCAACCGCAUGGGUGCUGAGAAGUACUCAGUCAUCAGCUUUGAUGGAGAAGCUCGCAUCCACAGUAUUGAGAUCAAGUAACGACUUUCCUCUGAAGAGUAUCUAAGCAGAAAGUCCCAACUCACACUGCAUCCUUGUUUUCAAAUGCCUCAAAAUGUUUUCUUUCAUAUUUGACUUUAAGGAAACUCAUAAUCAAGUCUUGGCUUGGUGAGACCAGAUACAAUCACAUCAAAAAGCAGACAGAACUCACAUUGAAAGAUUAAAGAUUUUAGGAUUUGCAGACAGAAGAGUGAGUUAUGUAAAUGGAAGACUUAGUUGUUGUAAAUCUAGUAUCUGGCUAAGAAGCUAAGAACAUAGACAAUGGUUUAUGGUGAGAAUUAUUAGAUUGGUGAUUUUAGUUAGAUUUCUUAACCUUAACCAUGCAUACCUUUACACUCAUUAUUUUUCUUCCUUGUUUAUGGAUCCAUUUUUUUCUUUGACAUUCCACUGGUAUCACAAUGUUUACCUGUAUCUAAUAGAACCUAAUCAGAUACAAUACAUAAAUACUUUCAAGGAUGUCAGAAUUUUUUUUUCUCUGCUCAAUAAAAUAUUACUAUUUGUAAAACA